GAUUGUUUUGGUUGCGUGAUUUGUGCUGGAGAGGGUCUUGAGAAUUUUGCGGAAAACCUGAAAUUUCCUCCAUAAACCUUUACAAAAAGUAGUCAAGUCAGUUAAAAUGUUAUCUCUAGCUGGUAAACUGCUAGCCAGACAUGCCAUCAACGGGAGAACCUAUCUGAUUCAGGAACUCGCCGUGGCUACCGCUGGAAGCAACCGGAGUUAUCACAUCGCUUGUGGAAAUCUAAAUGACCGUCAGAUCGGCAGUACUGUGAAACUAAAGAACAGAUUCAUCAAUCCCAUCACAGCAUCGGUUCUGGUGCGAAACAUCAGCACAGACGAUGCCGGCAAGAGCCUGCUGGACACAAUCCCGGAGCCACCACCAAUUCCAGCUGCACCAGAAAUCAGUGACAUAGUGGCCAAUGUUGCUGCGAAUGGUGAACCAACGUUUGCAUCGCUUGGUCUGGGCGGUUGGACCCCGGUGGGUAUCGUUCAGAACUGUAUGGAAUUCCUUCACGUCAGCUGCGAUAUACCCUGGUGGGGUGUCAUCGCCAUUGGCACGAUUUGCGUGAGAACGCUUUUGUUCCCGCUGGUAAUUGCCAGUCAACGGAAUGCAGCUAAAAUGAACAACCACAUGCCACAGAUGCAGGUGCUUCAAAUGAAGAUGACCGAGGCUCGCCAGGCUGGGAACUCUAUAGAUUCUGCCCGGUACGCCCAGGAGAUGGUCGCUUUCAUGAAGGAAAAGAAUUUAAACCCGUUGAAGAACAUGCUGGUCCCGUUGGCACAGGCUCCGAUCUUCAUUUCGUUCUUCAUGGGACUGAGACAGAUGGCCAAUACGCCGGUGGAUUCGAUGCGCGAGGGAGGACUGUUUUGGUUCACGGAUCUGACGGUUUGCGAUCCUUUUUAUGCCCUGCCAGUGAUCACCAGCAUCACCAUGUUUCUAACGAUCGAGCUGGGAACGGACAGUGCACGAAUGUCGGCCCAGAACAUGCAGAUGGUCCGGUACGUGCUGAGAGCAAUGCCGCUGUUUGUGUUUCCCUUCACUAUCAACUUCCCCGGUGCGAUCCUGUGCUACUGGGCGUGCAGUAACUUUUUCUCGCUAAUGCAGGUUGGCUUCUUGAGGAUUCCAAAGGUGCGAGACUACUUUAAAAUCGACCGAUUGGUGACGCACAAACCGGAAACGUUACCAAUUAAGAAGAAGAAAUUCGCCGAAGGAAUGAAGGACUCUUGGACCAACAUGAAAAUUACCCGCGAACUGGAGGAACGUGCACGGAUCGAUGAAAUAACCUUCCAAAAAGCAGGUAAAGGACCUCUGGUAAAGACUUACAAAUACGAUCCAACGGCACCCCAACCCAGCAGUAGCAGUGCCAUCAGUGCUAAGAAACGGUAGACGGUUAUCAGUCGAAGGGAAUGUUGUGUAACUUGUAUUAAAGUAUAAAAAACAGGCUAAAGA